AUGAAGGUACAAAAACAAAACAAGCAUCUAUCCAUAAACCUAGUAUUUGUAACCGGAAAUGCCAACAAAUUGAGGGAAGUGCAGUAUAUUCUAUCGCAAGGACAGCGGCCUAUUCAAAUCGAUUCUCAUGACCUCGAUAUUCCUGAAAUACAAGGCACCACUCAGGAGGUCGCAAGAGCCAAAUGUCAAAGAGCCGCUGAAUUAUUGGGAGGCCCAUGCAUCACUGAAGAUACUGCUCUUUGUUUCAAAGCCCUCAACGGGCUCCCAGGACCAUAUAUUAAAUAUUUCAUGAAAAGUAUUGGCCACGAUGGCCUAAACAGCAUGCUCGAUGGUUUUCCUACCAAAGAAGCCUGGGCUCUUUGCACGUUCGCCUACAGUUCCGGCCCUGAUGCUGAGCCUAUACUUUUUGAAGGGCGUACAGAGGGGAUGAUCGUUCCCGCUCGCGGUCCUGCUACAUUCGGCUGGGAUCCAGUCUUCCAGGCUGAAGACACGGGGAAAACGUACGCGGAGAUGACGAACGAGGAAAAGAACUUCAUUUCACAUCGUUAUCGCGCACUAGAUAAGCUUAGAAACUAUCUGGAAUCUCUUUGA